UACAGACAGAGAGGAGAGAGAGAGAGAGAGAUAUCUGUAUUUUUCAUACUCUAUGUCUGGUCAGAUCUGAAAACUGUACGUAGGAAAUUAGUAAACUGGUCGGAUUUGAGGGAAACCCAUCAGCUUGGUUCAUCUUCAUGCUGGUGCUGAUGCGCAUCUUUUACGCAGCCCGCCCUCCAUGACGUAAGCCAAGGUACAUAAACUCAAGUUUGACAAAGCUCUGCUCACUACAAGUGCCGGUGUUCAGCAGGUUUCCUUUCUGAAACGGAUUAAGUGUGCUUCGCUUUAUGCUUAGCCUUCCUGUAUUUAUCUUUCUAAAACGGCCCUGACAGCGUGACAAGGCUGAAAACUGCGAGCAGCGGCGCUAAUGCGCUCUCCCUGUGGCCGCUGUGCAGGGAUACAGCACAGAUACGGUGCAGCAGCUGCAGCGGCUCCAUCACACCACCGGACCUGCUGAUUUGGGUUUAUUUAUCUAGUUGUUUUUGUGUGUGUUUCCGUUUCCUCCAUGGGUUGCGGUGGAAGCCGGAGCGAUGCCAUCGAGCCCAGACGCCAUGAGAGCUGGACCAGAGAGACCGAGUCGACGUGGCUCACCAGCACAGACGCCGAGUGUCCUAAUAACAGCAUCAGUAAAGGUGUGGAAGCACGGUCAUCUCUGUCUUCUAAAGACAAAAGAAUGGUUAACACAGGCAUACAGUGUGGAAAACCACCCUUAACAACUAGCACAUGUACAAAUCAACAGAGAAGCCAGCAAACGAAACUGGAGAGCCUCCAAGAAGGUGACUGUUCCCUCAAAUGAUGUAUCGUGAAGUAGUGACGCAGCCUCAAACCCAGCAAAACCAAAUGGGGGGCAGGGGGGUAUAUUUAUGCAUGAAAAGGAGAGAAACAAGAGCUUUUGGUUUGGUGAUAUGACUGUAAUUAGGGACUUUCAGCAGUCGAGAGAAAUCAGGACACUGAUUAACUUCCCCCAGCAUACACUCUAACUAGAGUGGCUUUUACACCAUUAUAAAGUUAAGCUGCAAGGAAAGAAACAAUAGUAUGGCCCGUAAACAGCUGAUUCCAACAUGUCUUAAAACAUUUAGCAAAAAGCGUGGUUGGUUAAUGAAUUUAUUUGCAUUUUGGGCCACUUUGCACUUACUGUAUAAGGACUGAACGCACUGUGAGUUUCCCAGUUGAAGGGCUUUUGCAGUUUGUGUGUGUGUGUGUGUGUGUGUGUGUGUGUGUGUGUGUUUUUCCUUGUGUGAAAGAUAUGAGGCAGUUAUUUAAUGGGAAUUAUGUUCUAACAGACUAAAUCACAAUCACAUUAUUGAACAAGUCAAUAAGGUUAUUAUUGUAAUAUUUCUUUAUAUAAUGACUACAGCUGGAAUGGUAUGGAACAUUCAUGGUAUGAUAAUGUUACAAUAUUCAGCAUAUUGUGGUAUCUGGUAACAGGAGACAACAUUUAAUGACUUAGAAAACACCAACAAAUGGAAAUAAUGUUUUUCUGUAUGUGUGUGUGUGUGUGUGUGUGUGUGUGUGUGUGUGUGUGUGUGUGUGUGAAUUAACAGAAUAGCUACACCGAUAUAGUGCAAAAUUAACAGUAUAAGUAUUUCAGUAUACCAGUAUACCAUCACACCCCCCCCCCACUAUAAUUGUAAAUGAAAUUAACUGCUUUUUAUUAAGUAUUCGGAAUAUUUACAAAUUACUGUGUACUGCCCGUGUAUUUUUUAUUUUAUAUGUUUAUUUCCUUAAUUAUAGGCCUUGUGUCUCUUAAAUUUACAGACCUCUAUAUUAUUGCAUCCUAAAUCCUUGACAUUCAUAAUUUACCACACCAUAAGUGUUUUUUCUUGGUUUGAAAAUAAUUAAAUAUAAAAUUGCUUGAUUGGUAAAAAGCUAGCCAGUGACCAGGCUACAUGCACAGGCUUGCCUGUAAUUCGUCUAUUCAAACGACUUCAGAUUACAGUAUGCUUUGCGCCUUUGUGUGAUGUGUGAAUUAUACUGUUUACUUUAAAAAUAAAGAGUGAGAUUGUGA